AGGUAAUGCUACUCUGAUGUAAAUGCGAUUAUUUACACCGAGUUGUCUCAUCAAUAAUGAUUUCGCCCUCUUCUCAGUUUUAUAUCGUACUUGGCAUAGCUUUAUUUAUUGGAACAUUUGGUAUCGAUGGAAUAAUCGUCCUUCUCAUUUGCAUCCUAUGUUUUGUUGGCGGGUUUUGUUAUAUUAUUUAUCGUCGUGGGGAGGAAAAAUCCAAAGAUCUCCGAACAGACUUCGAAUCUCUCAAAGAUUUCAAAUUUCCCCCUGGUCUUGAGGCUUUCCUGAAGCACAAGGGACGUUUCAAUGACAAAUCCAUGUAUGAACAAAUUCACUCUAUGACCAACUGCUCUGGGAUGGAUGCUGUUUUGGAACAGAUCCUCUCUUAUGUGAUGAGAGACUUUGUGGAUUCGUGGUACAAGAAGAUGACAGACGAUGAAUUGUUUGAAGAGAGCUUGAAAAGAACUGCUCGAAGAUCUGUUGCAUCGUUAUCUCAAUGUAUGCGACAAGUGGACUGGGUUCCUUUUUUCACCCGACACGCUGUUGAUGAUUUCGCUUCUCAUCUCCGGCUUUAUCGCAUGGCAAGCGAGAAAUAUAAGUUUAUGGGGAACAAAGAUGGUAUGACAACGGCGGAAAAUGACUUGCUGAGUCAUUUCUUUGACUAUGAGCUAGAAAUGGAGAAGACUUUAUGCAAAGAUCUGUUGUGCACCACGCCACAUUAUGAGAAUGCUUAUCUACAUGACGUUGUCGAUAUUGUUUUGUACCUUAUCAUGCCCCCUGAAGAUUUUCGUUGCAGGCCAUUGAGGUUUUUGCUUCGAGAAGUAAUCGUACGGCGAAUAAUUCUGCCUUUGCUCGAUCAUUUUUCCGAAGCAGAUGAGAUGAAUCAAAUUCUGAUAUGGCUGCUCAGCGAAAUCUCACCGCGUCCGGAUGAUUUUGUCGUUUGUCUUGAAAACAGCAAUUCGCUUGAUGAGCUGGAGGCCAUUUUCAGAUCGGUCCAGGAUGAAAAGAUGAUUUUGCGCGGAAAAGAUUCCGGUGGUGACCAAGGUGUUUUUGUGAAGCAACAGCUUAGCAGUUUGGAUUUUGUGGAGAGUCUCAUCAAGAAAAGAUUGAUCUUUUUGGCCAACAACACUGUUGACAAUGGUGGAUUGGAUGUGGCUCGAGUUCUCUCAUCCGACGAUGGCUUGGUACAGCUUCCCCUUCAUGUUGUACUCACAAAUGGAAUUGCUGUAUCAUACUUCAUCGACUAUCUACAGACAGUUGGAGGACAAAAUUACAUAGAUUUCUAUCUUGCGAUCGAGGGUUUCAAAGUGUCAGUUGAGCAUCAGCUUAGAACUCUUUCGAGCGGCGAAACGGUUUGUGCUGAAGUGUACGAAACUAUCAAAGAGGCAGCGCAGUUCAUGUACCAGCAGUAUCUAUCGCAAGAAGCAAUAACGCGUGUACCGCUAGAAGAUGGUAUUAUUGCCAAGUUCCUCUCGCUAGUAAGAAAUGAUGAACCAUGCGACUUUUGGUUCGAGCAGAUUCAAGAAAAGGUUGUCGAAGUGCUGCGUACAGACGAGCAUUUCUAUCCUGGAUUCAAAAAGAGCUCGUUAUAUGAGAAAAUGCUUGCCGAAUUGGGUAUCACGGGCGAUGAUGAGCGACCAGAAACACCAGCCUCAGAUGGGUCUAUAUACUCCGCUUCUAAUACUUCGGAUCAGGAUCGAGGAUCUAGCGUUAGUAAGAUUAUUGAAGAAGGGAUGGUUAAUGAUGGCAGACCGGUAAUGUCGGCAGUUGUUGAAACACUCGGAAUUGGUCAACAGGGCAGGCAGUCUUUUGCGCUGUAUAACGUACGUGUGAGCAGAUCGGUGAAUGGCAAAAAAGUAAGCGGCUGGAAUGUGCUACGACGCUAUAGCGAUUUCCAUACGCUCCAUACAUUCAUUAUACAGAAGUAUCCCAAACUUAUCAACUUGUCUUUCCCGGGGAAAAAGACCUUCAAUAACCUGGACGCGCACUUUUUGGAGAAAAGGACGAAGGCUCUCAAUCUAUUUAUGGACUGUGUUCUGCAGCCCUCGAUGUUUGAUAGUUAUCCUGAACUAGAAAAUAUCAUGUUCGAUUUUCUCAGCCAGAAGGAAUACUUAGGAAACAGAGAACCAAUAGCAAAAAAGGUGAUGUCCGCUAUGUUUGAUCCUAUAAAAGAGGGCGUCAAAGCAGUGGGAAAUACUGUGAUGUCUGUUCCUGAUCAGUUUUAUGGAGGCGUGUCUAAAGUUGGUGCUGGCAUUAAUAGCGCAGCUAAAGUCAUCAUCCAUCCACUGAAUGCAGGCCCGAAAGCGCCACCAAUCGAUACUGACCGUGUUGCUGCAGCGAUCACUGAUGAUGAAUCGACCUCUGACAACAUACCUCUUCGAGUCUUGAUCUUAUUCGUUGACGAGGUUUUCGGGGUCCGCGCGAGAAAUGCAUGGUUCAGGCGGCAGCUAGUGACAGUACUUCGUCAAUUCGUGACUCCAUUUGGUACCUCCAUCAACAAACGUAUCGUGGAUUUAGUGCACUGGCUGACAAGUGAGCAGCAGGUCACGUUGUAUCUCACAGCCUUGAGGGACUCUGUAUGGCCAGAUGGUCAGCUAGCUGGCGAUACCUUGCUCCGACCACCAGAAGUGAAAGCACGUGCCAGAAUCCUGGCUAAAUCUCUGAUGUUGUCCUCCCUUCCAGAUGAGCUUCGCCUUGUGCUCGGAGCUGACACUACCUAUAUUGGUAUCAACACUAUCUCAAAUGCUUUACAGAAUAAGCAGCUCAAUCGUCGUUUAUUGAUGGCCAUCAGUCUAGUCUCUAAGUCUUUGCACAUCGGAAGUACUGCCCUGAAAGGACUGAUGUGCGGAAGCUCGCUUCGUUCUAUAAGCAGAGCUGUUGGAAGCAUGCAGGAAGCGCUGCAGAAGGCAUUACAAGAAGAACUUAAGCCUUACGGACGUCCCGGAGGUGGUUGCAUCAAUCAUGGGCAAGGUUUCGAAGGAAAAUCUGUUGGAAAGAUUUUUGUCAAGUCCAACAUAAAGAAAGGGUCGGAUGUCAUGUUUCGUGGAGAGUUUGCUUCACUAAAAGCAAUGUUCGAAACUGGUGCAGUGCGUGUGCCACGUCCUAUCAGUGUUUUGAACCUCGGAGCUCAUGGAUGGGCACUAGUCACCGAAUACAUUGAUAUGGGUGGUGGAAAUCGUCACGACCUCGUGCAGCUUGGCUCGCAAUUGGCAAGAAUGCACAAGCAUAAUGAAGAGUGUCUGAAGGCUGCAGAACAUUCCGAAGGCUUCGUUGGUGGAGACUAUAAAACCGGAAACUACAAAAAGGGCGUUAAGCAAUUUGGAUUUCACACGACUACCUGUUGUGGGUUCAUACCUCAAAACAACGAAUGGUGCGAUGACUGGGCGUCAUUCUUUGUUAGAAAUCGUCUGAAGAUCCAAGCCGACUUAUUGAUUGAGAAGGGAGAUAGAGAUAUGAAGGAGGCUUGGCCGGAACUUGAAAGAAAGGCAACAGAUCUUCUUGCUUCCUGUAAAGGUGUGAUACCAGCGCUGGUACAUGGUGACCUUUGGGGUGGAAAUUGGGCAAGUUGUGAUACCGGUCCUGUCAUAUUUGAUCCCGCGAGUGCAUUCUGCGAUCCAGAAUUCGAAGCAGGGAUUAUGAACAUGUUUGGAGGAUAUGGAGCCGAUUUUUGGGCGGAAUAUCAUAAAAUUCUGCCAGCAAGGCCUGGGAGAAAUGAGAGAAUGCUGCUGUAUGAGCUUUUCAACCACUUGAAUCAUUGGAAUCACUUUGGAACAUCCUACAAAGGCUCUUCAUUGUCGCUGAUUCGUCGAAUCUGUUGUCUGUGAUUGCAAUACAUGCCUCAGGAACUGCAUUGUGCAAUGUGCUUGCAAAAUCCAAGCAUUGAGGUAUUCUUCGAACAUCCGUCAAGGGCUUGUCAUCUUAUCAUUGCUUCAUUAUAUCUUCAACUCUGUAUCAGCCUAUACUUCAACUGCUUUGUUAUAUCCAUGCCGAUCACUUAUUAGACGUUUGCUAAUAGUUGUAUUGUAGUCGUUAAUCAAUGUUUCUUGUUUUGUAGUACUGUAAUUAAAUGAUUAGUUCGCUAGUGUUCAUUAGUUCUUCUACUAAUCAUCUUGUGAUAAACGAAUAGCAAUCCCAGUGCCUGUAGUAUGUUGUAG